AUGUAUUCCCUAGCUACCACUGCACCGAUCCCUACGGAGUUUCCGGUGGGAUUGAAACACAAGCUUUCUCAUUAUGUGAAGCUGGUAGAGGCGUGGCAGGAUCAAGACCAAGAUUCGCUAUUUCCAGGGUGGAUGGGGUGUUCGCUGAAAAGUCUUUGGGAUAUCUGGACGCAUAUGCAAAAUGGUGCUUACAUGCGGAAUAGCUAUAUGAUGGUUCGCAAGUGGCAGGAUGUUUAUUAA